UUUUCUUGAGAGCAAACCAAAAAGUGAUGGACUUAUAUAAUAAAUUGCUGUGUAAACUUGUAACGCCAAUUUUGCCAUAUGGCUAUGAUUAUGAAUAAAUGUACGAGUGUGACACUGACAAGGAAACUCUCUCACCCAUGUUGUUUUUCCUCAGAUCUCUUUUCCCUAACCGCCAACAUCCGACCGUUGUACCCUUCAACGGCAAAAUCAUUUGAAUUUCCCGCGUUACUAUUAACAUUUCUCAACCGCUAUUCUGUAUCACCUUUCCAUCUAAACAAUGCCAACGUCCACUUCACCUUCGAUUUCAACUCCUUCUAUGUGUCUUUUAUUGAUAAUUCCACCCACAAGACCCAUUUGAAUCAAAUCCAUGCCCACUUACUGGCCUCUGGAUUGCAGGAUUGUGGGUUUUUGAUUACUAAGUUGAUCAAUGUGAGCUGUAAUCUUGGAGAAAUUCGUUAUGCGUGUAAGGUGUUUGAUGAAUUUCCUGACCCAGAUGUGUUUUUGUGGAAUGCGAUUAUUAGAGGUUAUUCAAUGCACAAUAUGUUUGGUGAUGUGAUUGAAAUGUAUUCGAGGAUGCAAAUGGCGGGGGUGAGUCCGGAUUGCUUUACUUUUUCGUAUGUGCUAAAAGCUUGCAGUGGCUUGCUGGCUCUUGAAAUGGGCUGGCGGGCACAUGGACAGAUACUUAGACAUGGGUUUGAAUUGGAUGUGUUUGUGCAGAAUUCACUUGUUGCAAUGUAUGCAAAAUGUAGUCAGAUUAGGCAUGCUAGAAUGGUGUUUGAUGGUUUAUAUGAUAGGACGAUUGUCACGUGGACUUCCAUCAUUUCUGGGUAUGCGCAAAAUGGUGAGCCUAUUGAAGCAUUGAGAAUAUUCAGUCAGAUGAGACAGAGUAAUGUGAAACCAGAUUGGAUAGCUCUUGUAAGUGUUCUUAGGGCUUAUACUGAUGUUGAGGAUUUGGAACAAGGAAAAUCUGUUCAUGGUUAUGUCAUUAAGAUGGGUCUUGAAUAUGAACCAGACUUGCUCAUUUCACUCACUGCCAUGUAUGCAAAAUGUGGGCAAGUGACAGUUGCGAGAUUUUUCUUUAAUCAGAUGAAGCUACCAAAUUUGAUUCUGUGGAAUGCUAUGAUUUCAGGUUAUGCGAAGAAUGGUUAUGCUGAGGAAGCUGUAGGGCUAUUUCGUGAGAUGAUUGGUAAGAACAUAAGUGUAGAUUCUAUAACUGUGAGGGCUGCCAUCUUAGCUUGUGCCCAAGUGGGGUCCCUUGAAUUAGCGAGAUGGAUGGAUGAUUAUAUCAUGAGGAGUGAGUGUAGAGAUGAUGUUUUUGUUAAUACAGCCCUUAUUGAUAUGUAUGCUAAAUGUGGGAGUCUAGAUUUUGCUCGCAUCAUUUUUGAUAGAACACUACAAAAGGAUGUAGUUGUGUGGAGUGCCAUGAUUGUGGGCUAUGGAUUGCAUGGUCAGGGCCGAGAGGCCAUUGAUCUUUACCAUGCCAUGAAGCAAGCUGGUGUAUGCCCUAAUGAUGUCACCUUUGUUGGGCUACUCAUGGCAUGCAAUCAUUCAGGCCUCGUAGAAGAGGGAUGGGAACUUUUCCACCGUAUGAAAGAUUAUGAUAUAGAGCCCCGCCACCAGCAUUAUGCUUGUGUGGUUGAUCUUCUUGGACGUGCAGGCUGUUUGAGUCAAGCUUAUGAUUUUAUCAUGAACAUGCCAAUUGAACCAGGUGUUAGUGUAUGGGGAGCACUUCUUAGUGCAUGCAAGAUCUAUCGCCAUGUGACUUUGGGAGAAUAUGCUGCAGAGCAGCUUUUCUCAUUAGACCCAUAUAAUACAGGGCAUUAUGUGCAGCUUUCUAAUCUGUAUGCUUCAGUCCGUUUGUGGGAUUGUGUGGCAAAGGUACGUGUAUUGAUGAAGGAGAAAGGACUUAGUAAGGACCUUGGGUAUAGUUUGAUUGAGGUCAAUGGAAAGCUUCAGGCAUUUCGUGUGGGAGACAAGUCACAUCCAAGGUAUAAGGAAAUUUCUGUGGAGCUUGAGAGACUGGAGAAGAGGUUGAAGGAGGCAGGAUUUGUCCCGCAUACAGAUUCAGUUUUUCAUGACUUGAAUUAUGAAGAGACAGAGGAGAUUCUCUGUAAUCAUAGUGAAAGGUUAGCAAUUGCUUAUGGGCUCAUUAGUACUCCUCCUGGAACUACCCUUAGAAUAAUAAAGAAUCUUAGGGCAUGUGUAAAUUGUCAUUCAGCGACCAAGUUUAUUUCAAAGCUUGUUAACAGGAAGAUAGUUGUUCGGGAUGCAAAUCGAUUCCAUCAUUUCAAGGAUGGAGUAUGCUCCUGUGGGGACUAUUGGUGAGAGCCUGAGAGGGAAGGCUGAUUCUUCACAUUACAAAAGGUGCUAACCCCCAAAGAAAAUCUGCCUGGUUGUGGGGAGGGGUUGCAAGUUGCAGUAGCUGCAGAAAAGGUUGCUGUUCAAUUGGGUCAAGAGGCAGAAAAACUGUGCUGCUCACAACUGCUGAAAAUGGCUCUGCUUAGCGGCUUUGUAGGGGCUCUCUACAUGAGAAAUCUCUCUUUGCGAUAGAAUUUCAGCUUCUAGCAGAAAAGGGGCUAUUGUUUGGGACUAAUAUAUUCUACAUCAUCCACUUUGCACCUUCGUACAGGACAUUUAAAAUCUGAUCUUCAAAGGGGCUUUUGUUUGGGACUAAUAUAUUCUACAUCAUCCACUUUGCACCUUCGUACAGGACAUUUAAAAUCUGAUCUUCUUGUUUUAGCUGCCUUUCUUGAACUUACUGCCAACCUUGAAAUAUUGAUUGUGGAUAAAUGUUCAAGUUAUUUUACAACAAUGAGAGCUCAUCAAAAGGGAAUAUAUAGGUGAACUAAUCAAUCUCAGCUUCCCAAGCCUUGAACAAGUCAAGAUAAAAUCUUUUCUCAGAACAGAUAAUGCAUUAAAUUUUGUGAGGAUUUUAGAAAAGCAAGAACUGGUCUUGGAAGAUAUUGAAUUGAUUCCUGCGAAGGUGGUCAAGGACUUGAUUCCAAGAUGUUAGUGGAUUUGGAUGAAAUUUGUCAAGUGACACCAACCAGGGGUGGACUUUAAUGUUUGAUUUUAACUUAAUCUAGUUAUAGAGUCUGCCAUAUAUUUUAAAGAAGUUAUAGAUGUUUUA